GUACGAAAGCAAACAGGGAGUUUUAGAGAAGUCUUUGCUAAUCAUGAAGAAAGGUUUAGGGAUGACAAAGAGAAAGUGAGAAGGUGGAGAUAUGCUUUAACCGAAGUGGCAAGUUUCUCAGGGUGGAAUUCAAAGGAAUGGUACGAAUCAAAGCUGAUAAGAUAUAUUAUUGAAGUUAUAUGGACGAAAUUGCAACCUGUAUCAUUCAGUUAUGCAGAAAAUCUACUCAAGAUUGCAGCCAGUCAAUUUGCUUUUAGAUGUAGUGGUGGAUGACGUCCGCUUCAUUGGUAUAUGGGGAAUGGGCGGGAUUGGUAAGACUACUAUGGUAAGAGCAGUGUAUGAGAGAAUCUCUCGUGAAUUUGAAUUUAGUUUCCUUCUUACUGAUGUUAGAAACUUUGUUGAAAAAAGUGGUCUACUUAAUUUACAAAAGCAACUUCUCUCUGGGAUUUGGACAAAGAAGGCCAACAUAUCAGACCUUCAUGAAGGAGCCAUGAUUAUAAGGAGGUUGUUUGGUGACAAAAAAGUUCUUCUCAUUCUUGAUGAUGUGAACCAUUCAAGUCAUUUAGAAUAUUUGGCAGGAAACCCAGAGUGGUUUGGUUCAUGGAGUAGAGUUCUUAUCACAACUAGAAAUGAGCAUUUGUUGAUUGGACAUGGAGUGGAGAGAAGAUUGAAGGUCGAAGAAUUAAAUGAUGCUGAUUCUCUUCAGGUUUUUAGCCGGAAAGCAUUCAAAAGAGUUUACCCUGAAGGAGAUUUUCUUGGUUUGUCAGAAUAUGUUAUAAGUUAUGCAAAAGGUGUUCCUUUAGCUCUUGAAGUACUGGGUUCUUUUUUGCAUGGAAGAGAUCUAAGUGAAUGGAGAACUACACUGAGAAAACUGGGAAGAGUUUGUAACUUGGAAAUUUUUGACAUACUUAAAAUAAGUUACAAUGAUCUGGAUUCUGAAGAGAAGAAAAUAUUCCUAGACAUUGCAUGUUUCUUUAAUGGACAGGACAAAGAUCGAGUAACAGAAGUACUAAACAGUUGCGAUUUUUCUGUAAUUAUUGGAAUAAAAGUUCUCAUGGAAAGAUCCCUCCUAAAUCUUUCAGAUGGAAGACUAUGGAUGCAUGAUUUCCUCAGGGAAAUGGGUCACGAAAUUGUCCGCCUGGAAUCUCCUACUGAGCACGGCAGGUGCGGUAGGUUGUGGCUUCUUGAAGAUGUCAAACAUGUCUUGACCAAAAAUACUGUAAGAAAUUUAGUACAAGAAUAAUUUUAAUUGUUAUUUGCUAGUACAUUAUAUGACAAGUCAGUCUACUAAA